CUCACUUUUCCGAUUCUUCCUUUCUCAGUCUAUCUAUCCACUCAUCCUCUUCUGCUUCGAACCACAAGUAUACGCGACAGAAUAAUUCAGGAUGCGCUACGAGAAUUGGGAUGUGCUUCUCUUCCCCGAGACUUCUAAGGUGCCUCUUCAGGAAUUCAAGACGCAGUGUUUUGUUACCAAGGACAAAGAAUCACCCUACCUACAUAGCCCGGCUCUGAUCAGUCCAGCCUCAUGCUCCGGACCCCAAGGCAAUCUAGGGCAGUUGCCGGUGCUGACUACGUUCAUCCCUAGCUUGCGCCACAAUACUCCUUUUCGGGUUUCCAUCCAUAGUUGGGAGCGGCCUAUGCCGAGCCGGUUCAUGGAAGGUCUUCUGCAGCCAGAUGAUACAUUGCUUUUCGAAGUUCGCGUCUUCAUCGACGGGCUUUGCGUGUCCGGUAGUGUUUUUACUCAGAGAUCCUCUUGGCCUCAUGUACUCGAUCUUAGCUCAUAUGUCGACAAGAGCGGCAACCAAGAUCGUCUCCGAUUUCCCACCUUUCAUCAUGAGAUUCUGAAGCAGCCGCAUUGGGACGCUGGAGAACUAUACGGCAGGAUUAGGGUAGUGCUAGCUGAGGGAUUCUCGCGGCCGCAUCGGUCUCCACCAUUCGAACGUGUGAAAGAAGUCGUCGCUUUUGCGUUCCAGCAUGCCCCCAUUCAGAUUCUAGAAUACUCUGAGAUUGCAUGGCCGAAUGCCUCUAUGUGGACGCGUGAGCCCCGGCUAUUCAAGUACAACUCGGGGGGUGCAACAAGCAAUAUGAAAGAACCGGAAGAUAGCCACGCGCAUUCGCCUUCCAGGCAUGAUGUUCGGCAAAUCUUGGCCACUAAGAGCCAGACCAGUAAUCAAUCUGGCUGUAGCUCUUGGUCUUAUCGCAACUAUCAGCCGCAGGUAACUCAAUGGCAAGGCCAGCCAGGCGAGCCCAGGUGGCUGCCUCAAGAACAACUCAUAACGGAUCCCUUUAUCGAUCCUUGUGUACUUGACCCGGCUGCACGUCACCGAGGAGCUAGAGCAUCCUGGGAAGACGUGCCUAUGCCAGACUAUACGUCCAACUCCAGCAGUAGUCGCGCUAUUUCAAGCAUGACUGGCAUCAGUUAUGAGCACAGCAAGCAUCCCAGCAUUGUUACCCCUAUCGACGAGGAGUCGUACACUCAGCUAAUAGAAGCACUGAGCCCUGCGCCCCUCAAUUGUGGCACGUACGCUCCAACUAACACACCCUCGACUGCAUUGCCCAUGGGAGCUAAGCUUUCAGCGGCGGUGAGGGCGCGCUCCGAAUCCUAUUCAAAGAGCGCUGGUCGAGAGACUGAGUGCAAAGAGACAUCAGUGUCCGAGACCAGGGACAUUUCAGCUUCAAGCACGAAAACAAAUCCGGUUGUGGACGCUACAGCAACAGGUAAGGUGCAUGCUAGUCCGAGCACACACGUCAAGAGUCGAAAGGAAAUUUUAUCCUACGAAAACAAGGAGAACGACGUUUCGGUUGAAAUAUCUCACAAAGACAGCGACAAAUCUCGCCAGACUCCAGUGAGACCCGCAGUACGUACGAGUGAAAUCAUGGGGACCCCAACUGAGUCCCAGGAAAGUCUAGUGCUUUGCUCUGCUGACGCUGCGGAGAGCAUCCACAGACCUAAAAGAGAGCCUAUCCUGCUGUUCCUCACUCAAGACUCGCCUAUGGCUAGAUCUCUGGUUCAACAAGCGAACCUCGACGGCUCUCCUGAGGCAAGGCCACCGCUUGCUAGCGCGGCCCUGGAAGUGGCAGAAUUAGAUUGAUUAGUAUUA